GGCUUAGAGAGCGUAAACUUCUUACAUAUGAAUUCGAUCCGCAGCAUUCAACGCAUGCUGAAAUUGUGAAGAGAAGUGUCCAUUGGCAUGGGGCGCAGGGCGAACAUUUGAAGCUUUUCUCUUGAGGCCCAGGCACCCAGGGAAGAGAGUCUCGAGAAACCUCAGCUGUUUGCCUACAUCCGCAGAACCAUGGGGGCUGAAUGGUUGUCGGGAGUGAUUGUUGCUUGCACUCUACUGUAUAUCACACAGUGGCGUGGCGUACCAUUUGAGGUUCGUGGCUGGGUUGGGGGGAGGGAGGACGAAGGCACGACGAAGAACAAGCUGAGGCUGGAGAGGAAACAGAGGCAGGAAGCUGAGAAGAAGGAGAAGGAGCUGAAGAAAAGGCUGGCUGCAAUCGCUACUCAAGCUGGAGCAGGAACACCGAAGGGCCUUGGGAUUGGACCAUUGCGACUUGCUGUUCAUUUGGACCCGGACUUUAGAUUGCCCUUCAAGUUCGGUCAUCUUAGCGGGCUGCACUUGAGCAAUGAGGUUGUUACACCCCCGGUCACACCCACUACUAUGCCCCUGGCCAAAAGUCCGAAGGUGCUGAAGUGGAAGGAACGGAAAUCGGGAAAGAAGUUUGUUCGCACAUAUUUUAUCGCUGUGGUUGAGCGCUACCCUUCAUGGAUUCUGGAUACUCAGGCCACAAAGAACGAGGUUCAUAAAUCGCAAGGUUGGGGUUUGUUCAUCGAUUCCAAUAAGGCGCCUGUUGCCGGUUACUGUCUUUUCUUUGUCUAG